AGUUCUUUCUAGUGCAAAACGGGGCGCUUUUGAUGUAGGAAGACCAAAAUGAAGUGGGGAAUUGACUAGUGCGGCGCGCUCCUAUUACCACCGUAGACGUGGCGGCGGCGGAAACACCGCGAGACGGCGAUCUCAUGAGAUAAAUGUUGGUUGAAAGAGGAAGAAAAAGAGUUGUAUUGUAGAAUGAGCCAACCAACCGUAAUACUUGCAACUGCGAGCUAUGAUCACACCAUUCGUUUUUGGGAGGCCAAGAGUGGCCGCUGCUACCGCACCAUUCAAUAUCCUGAUUCGCAAGUAAAUCGGCUGGAGAUAACUCCAGAUAAACGCUACUUGGCUGCAGCUGGAAAUCCUCACAUACGAUUGUUUGAUGUUAACUCAAAUAGUCCCCAACCGGUAAUGAGUUAUGAUUCACAUACGAAUAACGUUAUGGCAGUUGGGUUUCAAUGUGAUGGUAAUUGGAUGUAUUCUGGUUCAGAGGAUGGUACAGUUAAGAUCUGGGAUUUGAGGGCGCCAGGUUGUCAAAGGGAAUAUGAAAGUCGUGCAGCUGUAAACACUGUUGUGCUGCACCCAAAUCAGACGGAACUAAUAUCUGGUGACCAAAAUGGCAAUAUCCGAGUGUGGGAUUUGACUGCAAAUUCAUGCAGCUGUGAAUUGGUGCCAGAGGUGGAUACAGCUGUACGGUCUUUAACGGUAAUGUGGGAUGGGAGCUUGGUAGUUGCAGCAAAUAAUCAUGGGACAUGUUAUGUGUGGCGCUUGUUGCGAGGAACUCAGACAAUGACAAACUUUGAGCCUCUUCACAAGCUACAAGCACACACGGGAUACAUCCUCAAAUGUCUUUUAUCACCCGAAUUCUGUGAACCCCACAGGUACUUGGCAACUGCAUCUUCUGAUCAUACUGUCAAAAUAUGGAAUGUUGAUGGUUUUACACUAGAAAAAACUCUUAUAGGUCAUCAACGCUGGGUGUGGGACUGUGUCUUCUCUGUUGAUGGUGCCUAUCUUAUUACAGCUUCAUCUGAUGCAACUGCUAGACUCUGGUCUAUGUCAACUGGUGAAGAUAUUAAAGUUUACCAAGGACAUCAUAAAGCUACAAUUUGUUGCGCUCUACACGAUGGGGCUGAACCCGCAACAUCAUGAGAUAAUGAUCAUGAAGUUAUUUUCUCCUCAGAUACAUUUUGUUUUGUAUAUAAUAAUCUGUCUCUUUGGUUGUGAAGUUUACUUUAGUUCUUUGAACUGUAAAUCCUCGGUGAGGGAUAAAAGAAAAUGUUGGAAUAAUCUUAAUUGUAACAUGAGAGUAUUUCUAAUAUUCUUUAUCAGAGAUUUCUCAAUCAGAGUGAUCUUAUCAAA